UAAUCUGAUAUUUAAGCAAAAAUAAAAUAAAAACCACACAAAAUAUUUCCCACACACAAAGUUGGACUGAAAUCAACUACCGUCUACCACCGGAAAACUGACGCGGAGCUGAUGAUCCUCGGCCGCCUCAAAAAGUGAGAAACUCCUUCGUCCACCGACAUUUGUUAGAGCCCCUCAAAAAGCAGCACACUAUAGAAUUGGUGAGGAAAAAUGUUGAAACAGACGGGCAAUAACAAUGGCUGCUCAUGGCUGAAAUAUGUAGUGAGGUACUACUCUAGAAUUCGCCCCCCAAGGUCCGUUUCUGUUGAUAAAGUAAUCAGAGUUUCUAACAACAUUGCUCGCUUGGAUGUGCCCAAAGAAGGUCCAAAACCCAGACAAUUACUAUCAUUGCCUCCUUUUCCUUGUCACCCUUUGCCUGGCAAGAAUACAAUCAGUGUACAUGGAGAGAGCGAUCGUGUUACCGCUGUCAACUGGAUUAAGUAUUAUUUUAAGGGUGCGUCCGGUUCUGUCAUUGAGUCCCAUUUCAGGGAGGGUCUUGUGCAAAUGGAGGACCUAAUUACCGAUGAAUCUUUCAGUCAGAAGAAAGAGCUGAUGAAACCUAUGCGAAAGAUUAGACCCAAUGAAGUGAUGAAGCCCGGGGCUAGGGUUCAUGUCCCAGUAUCAAUUGCUGAAACUAGGAUUUCAAAAAGAUAUGAUGCUAUACCAUGUGGAACACUAUAUCCAAAUGCUGAUGAAAUUAAGUAUCUUCAGAGGCUUGUGAUUUACAAGGACUCUGCAAUUAUUAUGUUAAACAAACCUCCGAAAUUGCCGGUUAAGGGGAAUCUUCCAGUUCAUAAUAGCAUGGAUGCAUUGGCAGCUGCAGCACUGUCCUAUGAUUAUGAGGAGGGUCCUAAACUGGUCCACCGUCUUGACAGAGAGAGCAGUGGCAUCCUUUUAUUGGGCAGAACAAAAGAUAGUGUAUCUCACCUUCAAUGGUUAUUCAGUAACAUAAACAAUGCAAAAUCUUCUUGUAAGGCUUGGAAUGAUGCAUGUGGAGCUACAUAUCAAAGAUAUUGGGCAUUGGUCAUAGGAACUCCCAAGGAGAAAGAAGGUGUAAUUCACGCUCCUCUUUCUAAGGUGCUUAUGAAUGAUGGGAAGACUGAGAGGGUAAUGCUAGCUCACCAGUCAAGUAUAGAACCUCACCAAGAGGCUGUAACUGAGUAUCGGGUGCUUGGUCCAAAGAUAAAUGGAUGCUCAUGGGUUGAGCUGCGUCCACUAACUUACCGGAAGCAUCAGUUGCGUGUGCAUUGUGCUGAAGCACUUGGGACACCGAUAGUGGGUGACUAUAAGUAUGGCUGGUUCGUGCACAGCCGAUGGAAACAAAUGGCGCGAGUCGAUUACGAGCCAACAACCGGAAAACCAUACAAGUUGCGGAGACCAGAAGGCCUAGAUGUUCAGAAGGGAAGCGUUUUAUCGAAGGUCCCUCUAUUACAUCUCCACUGCAGAGAACUUGCACUCCCCAACAUUGCUAAAUUUCUCCAUGUUUUAGAAAAGAGAUCAGAAGAAAUUCACCCUUCACUUAGCUUGCAGCCUGAUAUUCUUCGCUUUGUGGCAACAAUGCCAAAUCAUAUGAGAAUUAGUUGGAAUCUUAUGUCAUCAUAUUUAGUUUAAGAAAAACUAUUAACUUAUGGAGAAAGAAAUAGAUGUCAACUAAUAAUAUUUUAAAGUUUAGGCAUAAAUCUUUUAGCAUUCAAUAUUUCUUUACUAAAUUCAGUAAUAGAGUAUGUCUUCCAAAUUUUCACUUUGUUUAACCUUUUAUAGGUCUGGCUUAUGCCCCUAUCCUUU